AUGAAUAAUUCCUCUAUUUCUGAAUUUCUCCUCCUUGAAUUCGCAGCAAGCCGGGAACUCCAGAUUCUACACUUCCUUUUGUUCCUGGUAUCCUACUUGGCAAUCAUAUCAGGCAAUCUUCUUAUCAUUACUGCAGUAGCUUCAGAUCAUAAUCUCCACACCCCAAUGUACUUUUUCCUGAUGAAUUUGGCCAUUCAGGACUUAGGCUCUGUAUCAGCUGUCAUACCCAAAUCUAUGGCCAAUUCUCUCAUGAAUACCAGACACAUUUUCUAUUAUGAAUGCGUGGUCCAGGUUUUUGUCUUUGUAUUCUUUGUGGCAUCAGAUUUCUCUCUCCUCAUAGUUAUGGCAUAUGAUCGUUAUGUUGCCAUCUGCAAUCCUUUGCAUUAUGAAAUUGUAAUGAAUGGGCAAGCCUGCACACAAAUGGUGGCUGCUGUUUGGAUCACCUGCCUUUUCUAUAGUGCAUUACACACGGGAGGUACUUUUGUAGUUUCUUUCUGUUCCAAUGUUGUCAAUCAGUUUUUCUGUGAAAUUCCACAUUUACUAAUUCUCACUUGCUCUGACUCACACCCACUUGAAAUUAUUAUUCUUCAGAUCAGUGCUAUUAUAGUGUUAGGGUGUGCUGUUUUCGUCAUCAUUACAUAUGUGCUCAUCUUCAGAACUGUUCUGAGAAUGCCUUCUGCCCAAGGAAGACAAAAGGCUUUCUCCACCUGCCUCCCGCACCUCACUGUGUUUUCUAUAUUUAUUUUCACUGGAUGGUUUGCCCACUUGAGGCCUCCUUCUAACAUGCCAUCUGCUCUUGAUUUAAUAUUAACAGUGGUAUAUACCUUUGUUCCACCAAUAAUGAACCCCAUAAUCUAUAGCAUGAGGAACAAAGAUAUCAAGGCUUCCUUAGCUAAACUUUCAGUGCAUUUUUCUAUUAAAAGAAUGUGCAUGUGUGUGUAA